AUGGGGGAGGAAGUGGAAAACAAGCAAGUGAUUUUCAAGAAUUAUGUUACAGGGUUCCCAAAAGAAAGUGAUAUGGAAUUGAAGACAACCAGAAUUCAAUUGAAGCUCCCGGAGGAUUGUUCUUCAGGGGCUAUUUUGGUGAAAAACCUUUUCUUGUCCUGUGAUCCUUACAUGAGGUCCCGCAUGAGCAAGAUUGAAGGGCAUUACACUGAGUCCCUCACUCCUGGCUCUCCUGUGACAGGACUUGGAGUGGCUAGAGUUUUGGAUUCUUGUCAUCCAAAGUUUAAACAAGGAGAUCUUCUGUGGGGACUAACUGGAUGGGAAGAAUACAGCCUGAUUACUGCUCCAGACACUUGCUUCAGAAUUGAACCUACAGAUGUCCCUCUUUCUUACUAUACAGGAAUUCUUGGUAUGCCUGGCAUGACUGCUUAUGCUGGCUUUUAUGAGCUUUGCUCUCCAAAGAAGGGAGAGCGUGUAUAUAUUUCAGCUGCUUCUGGAGCUGUAGGCCAGCUUGUAGGACAGUUUGCAAAGCUGCUUGGUUGUUAUGUGGUUGGAAGUGCUGGAACCAAAGAAAAGGUUGACUUGCUGAAGAAUAAAUUUGGUUUUGAUGAAGCUUUCAACUACAAGGAAGAACCAGAUCUUGUUGCAGCUUUGAAAAGGUACUUCCCAGAUGGAAUCGACAUUUACUUUGAGAAUGUAGGAGGAAAGAUGCUAGACGCAGUACUUCUUAACAUGAGAGUUCAUGGUCGGAUUGCUGUAUGUGGUUUAAUAUCACAGUACAACCUUGAACAGCACGAGGGUGUUAAAAAUCUGUUCUGCCUCAUCACAAAACGUGUGCGAAUGGAAGGAUUUCUAGUGUUAGAUUACUAUCACCUCUAUCCGAAAUUCCUUGAAAUGGUUCUCCCUCAAAUUAAAGAAGGCAAAAUUACGUAUGUGGAAGACAUAGUUGAAGGCCUUGAUAAAGCUCCAGCUGCAUUAAUCGGUCUUUUCUCCGGCAAGAAUGUUGGGAAGCAGGUGGUUGUUGUUGCUCAUGAAUGA